GUCGUGCGUCUGCGGCUCAAUCAUCAGAGCCGAUCCGGAGACUUCCCUCUGCGGGGAAACACUGCAGCUCUGCCUGCAUGCUCAGCACCGCGCGGCACCAUGGAUUUCAACGUCAAGAAACUGGCUUCUGGAGCAGGGGUCUUCUUCACCCGGGCUGUGCAGUUCACAGAGGAGAAGCUGGGCCAGGCUGAGAAGACGGAGCUGGAUCCACACUUAGAGAACCUGAUUACUCGGGCUGACUGCACCAAGAACUGGACUGAGAAGAUCUUGAGACAAACAGAGGUGCUCCUGCAGCCCAACCCAAUUGACCACACCGGCGCUCGAAUAGAGGAGUUCAUCUAUGACAAGCUGGAUAAGAAGCUUCCCUCGAGGACCACUAACCCUGAGCUGCUGGGCCAGUACAUGCUGGAAGCCGCCAAUGAAUUUGGUCCAGCAACGCCAUACGGCAGCACCCUGAUCACAGUGGGAGAGUACCAGAAGAGACUGGGAGGAGCCGAGCGCGAGCUCCUGCAAACCUCGGCGGCCACCUUCCUCACUCCUCUACGCAACUUCCUGGAGGGAGACUGGAGGACCAUAUCAAAAGAGAGACGGCUUCUGGAGAAUCGACGGCUGGAUCUUGACAUCUGCAAAGCACGCCUGAAAAAAGCCAAGCAGGCAGAGGCCAAAGCAGCAGCUGCACCUGAUUUUCAGGAGACAAGGCCUCGAAAUUAUGUUCUGUCUGCCAGUGCAUCAGCGCUGCUGAGUGAGGAAGUGGACAAAGCAGAGCACGAGCUGCGUGUGGCUCAGACGGAGUUUGACCGACAGGCGGAAGUGACCAGGCUGCUGCUGGAAGGCAUCAGCAGCACACAUCUCAACCACCUGCGUUGUUUGCAGGAUUUUGGGGAGGCUCAGGCCACUUACUACGCCCAGUGUCAUCACUACAUGCAGGAUCUGCAGAGGGAGCUCAACAAAUGUGCUAAUGCUGUCAGCGCCCCACACCACACUGCUGCUGUCUGCCCCGACCCUGUCUCCUCUGCUUUCCUGUCUGGACCAUCAUCUCCGGGCGCCACAGUCUCCUCCUCGUCUAGCCAGAAGCCCACUAAGCUGGCUAUGGAGCAGACACAGCUUCCUGGAACAGGCAACAGAAAGGCUAAGGUCCUGUAUGAUUAUGAUGCCCAUGAUGCCAGUGAGCUGUCCCUCUUGGCUGAUGAGCUCAUUACAGUAUACACAGUACCAGGAAUGGACCCUGAUUGGCUGAUUGGAGAACGGGGGAACGAAAAGGGCAAAGUUCCUGUCACCUACCUUGAACUGCUGAGCUAAUGCACCAAACAACAGGACAUAGACAAAGACACACACACACGCACACACACACUUAUGCAAAGCUGUCUGUUGGAAAGUUUCGAUAAAUACACUCAUGACCCAUGGGAGGAAAUUGCUUCAAAACUUUUUAACUGUAAGUGCAACGGUUUUGUUUGAUGUGGCCACAUGGGUCAUUCCUGACUUCUUCUUAUUCCAGUAAUGUGUGUGUUUGUGUGUGUGUGUGUGUGUGAUGAGGCCACAGUUAAAGCUACAUUCCAUAAUUUUGUUAAUUUGGGUUUCUUUGUAUGAUUUCUUCUCAAUCUCACGAAUAUGUAUUCACCACAAAGCAUCCAUGAGGCAUUCGGACCAAGAUAGGGCUGCAAAUAACUAUUAUUUCAAUUGUCAGUCAAUACAGGUUGGAAAGCUUGUAAGUUUCUUGUUUCAAUAUUCAAAUCAAAGCUUGAAUCAUAAACUCACCAUUUUUCCACUGUAAUGGCACCAGCUGUUAGUUUACAGGGUGUGUGAGUGAUCAGGCUCAGUUAUCAUCUUGUCUUAGUAGCUGUUUGGUACAUAGUUUAGAGGCGAAUUUCUAAAAUGUUUGUGCAGAGACGUAAUGGAAAUGAACUUCCUGUUUGAGCAGCUACUCCACAUUUAACGCUUUGAAACCUGAUUCUACAUCAAUUUUCUUGAG